CCGCCCUGCGCUCCUGGUCUCCCGCGCGGCGCGGGGCUGCGGAGGCUGGGGCGCCGGUCGGAGCGCGCGUCCGCUCGGAGCGUGUGUCGCCGGCCUCGUCUGGCCUGUUCUUGCCCGAGGAGCCAGCGUCCCAGGGUGAACCGCUUCCCCCACUGCUGGAACAGCCCGAGAAGACCGGCGUGGCCCCCGGUGUGUCCCGUGAGGAGCCUGCCGCCAUGCUGCCUCGAAUCCGAACGACUGGCCCUGGGAUGUUGCCCAAACGUAAGCGGGGGCAGCUGAGUGGUUCCCCAGCCCGAGCCGUGCUCCCUGCACCGAGAGGGCUGGCAGUCUUCUGCUCUCUCCCUGCUCGGCGAGGGCCAUGUGCACCACCUGCCCCGAAGACUUCCGCUUUGGACCAGCUCAUGCCCGCGGGCCUGGAACAAGCCUGUCAGUCUGGGAUCGCACCUGCCCACUGCCUGCCUCUCCGCGGGCUCCCUGCCUCCGCUUUCCGCCCUUUCUCUGAACCCUGCAGCGGCCCUUAGCACUUCGCAGCCACCGUGGAAUCUGUGUUGUCAGGAUUUACAACUACCAUCACCUGUGGGGAGAUGAAAGGCGUGACUAGAAAUGAAGUGGGAGGUUUUCCUUUCCUGUUUCCACUUUCAAGUCAUGUGACUACACUCAAAGGACAAGCCCAAAGCAAAGUGCUUUCCCGAGCUUAAUACCACUACCUGUUCUUAUUUGUACAGUGUCUGGGACUGAACCAGGGCCUCAAGCUCACUCGGGCAAGUCUUCUACUCCUGGGGGUAGACCCGGCCUCUCCAGCCACCAUUUUGCAUGGAAGUUUGUGCCCUGUGCUUGUCCUGUUUCAGGAUGCUGCUGCUGCGGGGGAAUUAGCUCCCAGUUACGACUUAUUUUACCACCUACCACGUCCACUUGCUGCCCCACUGAAUCCACUCGACAACCCUACAGAGGCCGAUUCUAUCAUUUCACAGCAGACAGACAGUGGCCACAGAACCACAGCCCGCGUGCAGCCUGCCCUCCGCGAGCCCUUCCUGACACGAAGCCUGUCCGGGGUGCGUCCCCCCACCU